AUGGAUGACUACCGAUUUCGCGCGCAGCAGUCUCCCCGAAACGAGGCGCCGAUGAAUUCCCUUGUCUCACCACCGAGGAAUGGCAACCGACUGCCUCAGCCAGACCCUCGAACCUCUCUGCCUCGCCGCUUCACGACGGACUCAGGCCAUGUACCAACACUGUCAUCAUUAACCCUCCAGCGGCCCCCGGAGCCGCAAGUAUAUCCCACUGCCACCGAGUAUAAGGCCCAACUGGCGCAGAAGAGACGACUAGAGUAUGAGAAGCUCAGGGAGCAGAAACAACUCUUUGAGCUCGAAAUGAAGAAGCUGGAAGCCGAACAGCGUCAGGAUGAGGCCGAAUUGAGACUCCAGAUGGACAUGGGCAGAGGAAGCGGACUGGGCUUGACUGGACACCAAUCCGAACCAACAACGCCGCCUGAAUAUCGUGAGACCUCUGGGUUCCCUGGCAUGUUUUCGCGCCCCAACCGAUACUCCCUCUCGAGCCUGGCUUCGCCGCCAGGGUUGUUCAACAACAGGUCUGGGAGAUCAGGAUCGAACUUGGCAUCCCCUCAAUCGGGAAUCAUGCAGUCGCAAUCUCGGGCCUUUGCGUUUGAUGAUCACCUACCCUCGCGGUCAGUUCCAGGAAGUCGAAGAAACAGCGACGAGGACGAAAAAGAGGAAGCCCUUCGCCAGGAUCCUACCAGCCACCGGUCAACUAACGCCCUCAACCGAUACUCUAUGCCUGUCACUCGACGAGGCAACCCUCUUUACGACAACAUCGAUCAAACCAACGCAGCUGGUUUCCUAUUCGGCGACGACGACAACACAAUGGAAUCUAGCUACGCUGGUCUCGACAAGGCUGGUGAUGACGGUUUUCCGAAGCUGAUUGCGCAGAAAGACAACCCCCAUCGCCUCUCAGCAUCAUCCGUUGCCGUCGACUUGACCUCGCUUGGCGGCACCAGUUCUGACGCGUCAAACGGUUGGAACAAGAUGACCUCGCUCCACCGCCACCAGCAGAGCCUGUCGCAGCUCGAAUCAUCUCAGAUGAUGAAUUCUGCCGACACAAUAGGCGCGGGCCAGGCCGGCUCUGAUGCUAACACCAUCGGCUCGCGCUCCGGUAUUCGUCACUCGCUCGACCUCAAGCAGCAUGGAUUGGACUUGAGCUAUUUUGCCAAGGAGUCCGGUCCGGACACCACCAAUGCUAUCAAGUCCCCUUCUGCCGUUCAGAACAUGACAGGCGCACCCAAGCUGCAGACGUCCUUCUCUGCCAACGACAUCCAUGCCGUCAAGACACCUGCCGGCUCCGUCAACCUGUCCAAUGCCAACGCGCACGCGCAGCAGCACUUCCACAACCACAAUGCAAGCAUCGGUCGCAUCCCUCCCGGUGCCAUGCCGAAGCGUCAUAGUCGCGAGCUAUCCAGCGACAACCACAUCCCUGGACUUCCUCAGGCAGCAACUUUCCCUUCAAUCGGCUCAGCUCUCCACGCCAAUGCCCCUGCCUUUGGACCUGCUGUCACCUCGCAAGGGCCGGCUCAGAACAGCCCCUCAGUUGCUUCACCCGGCUCCUCUGGUGGAUUCCCUUCCUAUUACGGCGCCAAUGGAUACAACCCCAACCCGACGAGCCCCAACGGGGCCCCCUUCAACAUGGGAAUGCUUAUGCAAGGUAUGGGCAACCUGAACAUGAACGGUUUCACUCCGCAGGGCUUCACCGGUUACGCUCCCAUGUAUCAAAGUGGCCCUCCUCGCGACUCCCAGCAGCGUGUCAUUCAGCAGCGCCGCGCCCAAGACAAUGAUAGUAUGAACCGAUUGAACAACGCACCCUUCGAGAGUUACAUCGGCCAUCUAUUUGAGCUCUGCAAGGACCAGCACGGCUGCCGAUACCUUCAGAAGCAGCUUGAGAACAGGGACCCUGACCAGAUUCACAUGAUCUGGCUCGAGACAAGCCCUCAUGUCGUUGAGCUGAUGAUGGAUCCUUUCGGCAACUACUUGUGCCAGAAGUUGCUUGAGUUCUGCAGCGAUACCGAGCGCACUGAGCUCAUCCGCAAUGCCGCCGACCACAUGGUGAAGAUCGCGCUCAACCAGCAUGGCACGCGUGCGCUGCAGAAGAUGAUCGAGGGUGUUACGUUGCCCGAGCAUGUCCAGAUCAUCAUUGAGGCACUUCGCCACCAAGUGGUUGACCUCAUCCAGGAUCUGAAUGGCAACCAUGUCAUUCAGAAGUGCCUCAACAAGCUGAGUUCCGAUGAGAAUCAGUUCAUCUUUGAGGCUGUCGGCAGACACUGUGUCGACGUUGGAACCCACCGUCACGGCUGCUGUGUGCUUCAGCGCUGCAUUGACCAUGCCGCUGGAGAGCAGAAGAUGUGGCUCAUCACCCAAAUUACCGACAACGCACCGCGCCUUGUUCAAGAUCCCUUCGGUAACUACGUGGUCCAGUACAUCAUCGAUCUGAAUGAGCCCGCCUUUACGGAGCCCCUCGUUACCAAGUUCCAGGGCAGAAUCAGCCAGCUCUCUCGUCACAAGUUCAGCUCGAACGUCAUUGAGAAGUGCUUGCGCUGCGCCUCCGAGCCAUCUCGCGACCGCAUGGUCCAGGAACUGCUCGUUCCCGGCGAGUUGGAGCGACUAUUGAGAGACAACUACGGCAACUACGUGGUCCAGACUGCAUUGGACCAUUGCACCACUCAGAUGAAGCACCAGCUUGUUGAGGCCAUCCGACCGGUUCUUCCUCUCGUCCGUGGCACGCCGUAUGGCCGCCGCAUUUCAGCCAAGGUCCUGACGCACGACGGCAACCGCUCCAACGGCUCCUCCAACAACAGCGGCCAGACAACUCCGUCGGACCCCACUCAGGGCCAGAUAUCGCUCCGAGGCACUGGGGGUGGCCGCAACGCCAACAACACCGGCCUGCCCAUGGGCGGAUUCGGCAAUGGUGUCGGUGGCGGCCGCAAUCAGGCCUCUUACCCGGCCAGCAGUUCUCUGAGCGUUCCGCCUCCCCAACCGCCUCGCAUGAACCAAGGUUACACCUAUCCCGGCACCAACCUCCAGCAGGGCAAUGGUGAGGGCCAGUUCUUCUAG